CUCUAUAAAGCAACCCACGAGACGAAUUGCUCAAAAUCAUUUUUCAUGGAGGAAGAAGAAGACCUCGACAUCGCAGCUGCCAUGGGCUUCGCGUCCUUUGGCGGCACUAAGAAGAGGAAAUUCGAUCACACGAACUCACCCAAAGCCAAGGUUGAGUCAAGCGGCGCCAACACUACCAAACUAGGAAUGAGGACGAAAAAGAUGGCAAAUUCUGGAGAGGAGACCUUCGAAGACUCAAUCACGGAACAAGCGGCGCAAUCCCAAUCGCAUCCACCUGUUUCCAUUGCGAAGACCACUCAAGAGGCAGCAGCAACCCCAGGUCUCGCCGCUUUUCUAGCUCGUGCCCAGACACUUCCAGAUAGGCCUCCUGUUGCCCAAAAUACUAUCAUGACGCCGCUUCAACAUGAUUCAUCAGCCACGGACAUGGUCUCAUUCGGUGGACCUUCCAUCUCAAGGGCGGAGCUGAAUGCACUGCGAUUUGGUGUCCAAACCGAGAAUGGAGACACGGCUUAUUUCCUCCCAAGCUUCGUUGAGGAUCCAUGGGAGAGACUCAAGAAUAGCGAUGGCACCUGAAGAACGUACCACAGCCAGCAUUGCUACCAGAGGCCUGCGAAUUACUCACGAAAUUUCUAACAAUUGCUAUGUAUCUACUACAGGUACCUACCAGCUGCGCUCGGGGAGCAUUUGAGGUUGGGUUUGCCUAAGUGGAUGUGCCGUCUGACGGUUCAUAAACUAAACGCUAUCGCCUAAAGCAGGCAGUCUCACAAGGCAAUGAUGGAAUAAAGACUCAGAGCCGAGUCAGAAUAUGUACUGGAAUUGGGGGAGAAGCGGCCACCCAAAGAUACCACAGCCUAUAGCUACUUGCAGUGGCAAUCACGCAGGGUAACCUUAUUCCAAACACCAUCCCGCCGAAUUUUUCCCCAUGCAAGCUCUAACAAUGAUCGCCGACGUUAAUUCAACCCGAC